GAAGUUAGGGGCCAAAGAAGAAAUUACGUAGGUGACGGGAUCUGCCCAUCAACACAUCUUGUCCACCGUUCGAGGGGAAAGUCACAAAAAUGUUUCCCGCUGUAAUUUUAGUAAUUUUCGCCAUUGCUGGCAGCUCGCUGGCCCAAUCCAAUCCGCCCAAUCCCACAACUGACUGCGGUAGGGCCGCUCAAACAUGUUACUUCGCUUCUAAGGAUUUGGUCAGGAAGAAGCUCGAUGAAUUUGAUUUCCUUGGAGGAUGCAAAGCCUACAGAACAAUGACGGACUGUUUCAAUAGAAUACCAAAUGCCGAUGCGUGUAACGAGCUCCAGCCCUUCAAAGCUCUCGUCACACCCAUAGUAGACGGAGUCUGUGGAGGACCUGGCCAGAAUUUAGUCACCCCUUGUGCCACUCAGUUCGGCACCUGUAUGACUAGCCUCUACACCAUUGAGGGCGACAUCAGGAACAACCAAGGCACAAAGGCCUGCCCCGCCUUGACACAAUUCACCCAGUGCAACCAACAGCUGGCUGCUGCUAACAUUUGCUCCCCACCUGUUCUCUCCAUGAUCCAAGAUGUCAUCUCCGCCUUUGACCAGGAUGACUUGCUAGAUGGAUGCCAGGGAGAAUGUGCUAAACUUCUCGGUACUUGCACCUCACAACUGGUCAAUGACAUCACAAUAGCCUCCAAAACCCAGAAAGACUUUGUAACAGCCUGCGGACAAGCAGCACAGUCUCUCGCGUGUGUGGACGAGAAAGCCAAAGCUCUACCCUGCACCACCGGGAACGGCUCGACUGUUACAGCAGAAAUGGUCAACAGCAUCAAGGCCUAUGUCAACCACUACUGUAGUCCAAAGAGCAGUGAUUGUAUUACGGAGUUGAACGACUGCAAGGCUGAUCUAGUAACGCUGGGACCUAACACAGACGUCGCUACACAGUGCAACGUGUCGGCCAAAUUUCUGGAGUGUACAGCUGGUCUGGCCUGCAGGGACUCGGUCAAGGCCAUGAUCGACAAGUUGAGGACGGACCUGGAGACGGAAGAAACGAAAGCCAACUGUCCCACCGUGGGGUCAUGUGCUGAUCGUAUCAUGGUGUGUGUCAACAAUCUGGAAGCUCUCAAGUCCAUGAACACAAACACUGACAAAGCUACAUUUUGCGGGAAGGUGAACACUGCCGUGAAGUGCUUUGACUUUGUCAGGAGAGAUCCCCUUUGCUCUAAAGAAAAUGUCCUGGUCAGUGACACUGAGACACAACUUGGUGUGGACAUUGCUCCUGCUUGUGGAGCUGCUAUCGGAACCUGCAACGACCGCAUGAGAGUGUGUGCCGCCACAGAAACUUUCGUCAACUCUAUCAGCAAGGACAUGCAACAGGCAGAGUUCUGCAGACGUGCCAGAGUUGGCAUCACCUGUUUUGACGGUCUGAGACAAGAUUCCACCUGCAGAACAACCAGCAGUGCCGCCUCUGGGUAUGAGGACAAGCUGAACAAAAUCAUCAAGCCUGUGUGUGGUGGGGGAUCUUCUGCAUCUCAAAUCCAAGUGUCCAUGUUUUUCCUGGUCGCGAUCUUCAUCAGGACAUUUUCAUAUUUCUUGUAAUAAAACAAAAUGUAAAUUUUGUUCAAUGUUUUAAAUACAUUUUUUUUUAAGUUCAACAUUAAAUGUAGUCACACCUCGGGGAAUAAUUUUUGUUUGAAUAAUUGUGUUGUGUUUGUCCUUUCACUCCAGAGCAACUUUGUAAUUUUAGAUGAUGAAUUUUGUCUAAUUACAGUAAAAAAAUACUCUUUGUAAAUAAAUACAAAAUACCAAAUCUCAAAGAGAACUGUGUUUUCGUGAAGUGACGGAAACGUUUAAAUUUUGUAAGAAAUUGCUUAUUGUCGAUGUAUGAAUAUGUUUUAUUUCUGAGCACUUUUAGCAAUGUAUGAAAGGCAUGAAAUGCAGCUGUUCACGGCUUCAGACCGGCUGUGUUCAACAGCUGCCUACCUGGAUGAGAUGUCUGAAAUAAAUUUAAUGUACGAAUGAUUUUAUAAACAUACGCAUGCACGCAGAUUUUUUGAAAAAUUCAUAUUAAAAGUAUGUAUAAUAUAAUUCAA